AUGGCAGUCAAAGCAAAGGAAAUACAAGAAAUUAAAAUGGAAACAAAAAGUGGAAAAAUAGAAAUCCGACGCCCCCAGCGGGGAAACGAAACCGACGCCCCCAGCGGGGAAACGAAACCGACGCCCCCAGCGGGGAAACGAAACCGACGCCCCCAGCGGGGAAACGAAACCGACGCCCCCAGCGGGGAAACGAAACCGACGCCCCCAGCGGGGAAACGAAACCGACGCCCCCAGCGGGGAAACGAAACCGACGCCCCCAGCGGGGAAACGAAACCGACGCCCCCAGCGGGGAAACGAAACCGACGCCCCCAGCGGGGAAACGAAACCGACGCCCCCAGCGGGGAAACGAAACCGACGCCCCCAGCGGGGAAACGAAACCGACGCCCCCAGCGGGGAAACGAAACCGACGCCCCCAGCGGGGAAACGAAACCGACGCCCCCAGCGGGGAAACGAAACCAACGCCCCCAGCGGGGAAACGAAACCAACGCCCCCAGCGGGGAAACGAAACCAACGCCCCCAGCGGGGAAACGAAACCAACGCCCCCAGUGGGGAAACGAAACCAACGCCCCCAGCGGGGAAACGAAACCAACGCCCCCAGCGGGGAAACGAAACCAACGCCCCCAGCGGGGAAACGAAACCAACGCCCCCAGCGGGGAAACGAAACCAACGCCCCCAGCGGGGAAACGAAACCAACGCCCCCAGCGGGGAAACGAAACCAACGCCCCCAGCGGGGAAACGAAACCAACGCCCCCAGCGGGGAAACGAAACCAACGCCCCCAGCGGGGAAACGAAACCAACGCCCCCAGCGGGGAAACGAAACCAACGCCCCCAGCGGGGAAACGAAACCAACGCCCCCAGCGGGGAAACGAAACCAACGCCCCCAGCGGGGAAACGAAACCAACGCCCCCAGCGGGGAAACCAACGCCCCCAGCGGGGAAACCAACGCCCCCAGCGGGGAAACCAACAAAUGUUUGUGGAAGUGCACUUCACAAUGUUGAUAUUGUGCUGGACUAUACACAAGCACUGUAA